UUGUUUCCCCUCUAUAUUUGUAACCAAAGGAAUCAUGUCAAAAGCUAUACUAUCUACCAGCAGAAACAUUCUCUCCUCGAUCUCGAGGACUAAUGCGAAUAAUGCGAAUAAUGCUAAAGCUUUCGGGGUUCAAUGCCAACGAUUAUCCACGAUUUGCGCCGCAAGGCUUCCGAGGACUGUACAGAAUAAAGCUUGUUUACACGGGUUGAAUGUGUCCGGAAAUGCUGGAUUGAGAGAUUUAGGGUUGAAGAAUGAGGGGAUUGUUGGAAGAAGGGGCUAUAAAACUGUGCAGGAACAGAGAUCGAGAUAUAGAUCUGGGGUAUGGAUUUAUUUUUCCUUUCUCUUUCCUGCGUGCCUUUUCUGUGCAUCUGGACAUAAAUUUCUAUGAAGGACCUGGCAUUGAAAAGAAUAAAAGCUAACGCGCUAUCUCUGGAACAGCCUUUUUCAUGGACAGCAGGAGUACUUUUCUCGGGCGGGUGCGGGACUAAUAUUCUAUUUCCGAUAUGAAAAAGCGAGGAUGGAGAGGAAGAGAGUAGCGGAGGCUGCAAAGGGUGUAGGAAGACCAAAGGUUGGCGGACCUUUUGAAUUGGUGGAUCAUAAGGGAGGGAAGUUUAGUAGUGAAGAUAUGAAGGGCAAAUAUAGUUUGGUACGUUCUAUCUCUCGUUCUAUUUCUCCUAUGGGGAGCACACUGAGGGCAGAAGAACCCUUGGAAAAUAGAGAAUUUUGCUGAUAUACUGUAUUGAUAUAGGUCUACUUCGGCUUCACCCACUGUCCAGACAUCUGUCCUGAAGAACUCGACAAAAUGGCCCAAAUGAUCGAUUUAAUCAAUAACUCUCCCACACGCACCUCCUCAACCCCUUUACUCCUCCCAAUCUUCAUCACAUGCGACCCUGCCCGUGAUACUCCUGCUGUGCUCGCCACUUACUUAGCAGAAUUUCAUCCUAGUAUUAUUGGAUUGACUGGAACGUGGGAACAAAUCAAGGAUAUCUGUAAGAAGUAUCGGGUUUAUUUUUCGACGCCAGAAGGUGUUCAGAAGGGAGAGGAUUAUUUGGUCGAUCAUAGUAUUUAUUUUUACUUGAUGGAUCCAGAGGGCGAUUUUGUGGAAGCGAUUGGAAGACAGCAUAGUCCGGAACAGGCGGCGGGAAUUAUCGGGGAACAUAUUGGGGAUUGGAAGAGGUGAGGAUGAUUGAAAGAUGCACCAAAGUGCUGUGUAUAUAAAGGAAUGUGCGAGUAGACACAGAUGGGGAAGCAGAUAAUAGGUGGGUAUUCAAUGCCGUGUACAUGAAUUCUACUAGUGUAGGGAAUAUGAAAAGCGCAGCUCUAA